AUGGCCGACCUCACGCGAGAGACCGAUGAGGAGAAAAUCCAAAACGUCACUAUCAAUGAGGAGUACAAGAUAUGGAAGAAGAACUCAGUAUUCUUGUACGACAUCAUGUACUCGCGUGCCCUAGAAUGGCCGACGCUCACAACACAGUGGCUGCCGGACGUGCGCGACGAGCCGGGCAACCCCCUUCGCACCCACCGUCUGCUGCUCGGAACUCACACCUCUGGCAACGCGACCGACUACCUGCAGAUAGUGCAUAUGAAGCUUCCCAAACCGCCGGCGGCCACCUUGGCAGACUACAACCCGGCCACAGAGGAGCUUGGAGGACAUGGCGCCGCCAAGCACCCCAUCGAAUUCAAUGUCGUCCAGAAGAUCGUCCACCCGGGUGAAGUCAACAAGGCCCGUUAUCAACCCCAGAACCCUGACAUCAUCGCGACUUGGGCCGCCAACAAGAACAUCUACGUCUGGGACCGCUCAAAGCACUCGUCUGUCCCGAAGGACGAGGACCUAAGGCCACAAGCCACACUGAAGGGGCACGAAAGCGAAGGCUUUGCGCUGGAGUGGAACCCACACACCGAAGGACAGCUUCUCUCAGGCUCAGAGGAUGGCACAGUGAGGCUCUGGAACCUAAAAGACGACUUCAAGCUGGACAACAAAGUCGUCUCCCCGCACCGUACCUUCAAGCAUCAUUCGGCUGUUGUGAACGAUGUCCAGUUUCAUCCAGCACACGGCAAGAACCUCUUCGGCUCGGUGUCUGACGAUCUGACCAUGCAGCUGAUGGAUAUGCGGAGGCCUUCCGACAGCAAGCCUGUCAUUAUCUUCAAGAAUGCACACCAAGAUGCUAUCAAUACGUUUGCAUUCCACCCGACCUAUGACAAACUCCUGGCGACGGGAUCAGCAGACAAGACGAUCGGAAUCUUUGAUUUGCGCUUCCCACAACACGGCAAGCUUCACAGCUUGGAAGGGCACAGAGACACCAUCAGCAAGAUCGACUGGCACCCACACGACACCGCCAUCCUCGCAUCAAGUUCUGAAGAUCGCCGCGUCCUUUUCUGGGAUCUCAGUCGCGGGGGCAUGGAGCAAACGCCCGAGGAUGCUGAGGAUGGAACGGCCGAGAUGCUUUUCAUGCACGGAGGACACACGAACCGUAUUAGCGACUUCUCAUGGAACAAGAAUGACCCGUGGGUCAUGUGUACCGCCGCAGAGGACAACAUGAUCAUGGUCUGGCGCGCAUCCCGGCACCUCGUCGAGCGCAGUCCCACGAAAGUCACCAGGAGGGAUGUUAGUGAGUCUUAG